UGGUGCAAAAUAAAAAAUGUGAAAAAAAAAUGUAAAAUUUGUGGUUCCCAAACGUAUGUAUAGGUGGCGCUGUUCCGGGGGGAUUUAUAUUUUCACUAAUUAAAUAUACACCAUGGUCGAUUGAAUUAAAUAAUUAUAGGUAACAAGUAUUUCGUUAUACGAACUUAAUUAUGGUAAGCACGGUUUGUAUCUUAAACAUGUCUAAUCGUCCAGUGUUUUGUGGUUACUUUACCUAAUUGUUUGCUACCAGUUUACAGCAUCGUGUUUAAAGGUCAAGUUACCUUUCAUGAAUGGGCAACUGUCAUUCACGUUUUACAGUACUGGAGGCCAAAAUAGUUUUUUUUGUGUGCCCAAUUUUUGGUGGACUAUAGAUAUUUGGAUACUUUUAGAGUAAAUAAAAAUUAAUGCUUUUUGAAGGGUUUUAAGCCUUUUUCGGUUGUUAACUUUUGGGAAAAGAGCUAAAUUUGUAAGAUUCAACUUUGAUUUUUAAGAAUGUCAUAGUCCAGAAGUAACAUUAUAUUAGGUCCUAGAAACUUUUUCCAUAAAAAGCAUAAAAUCACCAUUUUCGACUAUUUUUUUUUUCAUUUUUGAUCAAAUGAAAUAACUGCGUAAAAAAACGUAGAAAUAAAAUAAUUUUUUAAAUACAGAUAUUUAAGUUUUCAAAUCUUUCAGUGCUCGAGAAAGGCAAAAAUAACACCAUUUUCGAUCCAAUUUUACAAUUUUUUGGUAAAGAUUUUAUAAACAUUGACGUAUUUUUCUCAACUGAACCUAGAGUUAGCAGUGUUAUAAAGAUGAAUAAAGAUUAAAGCCCCAUUUUGUACCGUAUUAUUCGUGGUAAAAUACUUAUUUAACGUAAAAUAUUAGUCGUCACCUCAGUCCACUUUUCCGGGUGUUGUCGAUUAAUUUUGCGCGAUAUUCAUCAAAUACGCAUUACUCCGCGUUUAAUUUUAGCGCAGUUAUUUUAAGAGUGGAUGUUUUGUACCAAAUUUUAAAUUAUAUAAGACCGGCGGCGUGCACGUCUAAUAUUUACAAACCGAAAAACAGAAUGCAAAAAGGCUGUUGGAAAGUUGAUGACAAUGACGAAGGUACUGUAUCGAACACAUUUUACAAACGCGACAAACACCACAAAUUCUCUCACGAGUUAUGGACCGAAAUGUACAAGUCCAAAAACACGGGCUCGAAAGCCGUUUACAUCGACCUGGAGGACGAAGAGCAGAGAGACGAGGACCGACAGUACUCCCAAUGGUCCGAACUCCCCGACCUCCUCCUGGAGAAAAUCUUCUCCUACCUGUCAAUCCGCGAGAAAUACUACGCGAGUCUGGUGUGCAAGUCCUGGUACAGGGCCUUCCACCUGCCCUACGUGUGGUCGCAGUUCGUCCUAGAAGACAACACUCUGACCCGUGGCCGAUUCAACUACUACUCCGGCUGGCAGUACGUCCUGGACCACUUGCGGACGCAGAACUGCCUCUCGCAGGUCGGCCGCAACUUCCGCAAACUGACGUUCGAGCCCAUGCUGAACUUCUACAACCUGUACGAGUUCAUGAACAUGGUGUCCUGGUGCACGGAACAGUCGCAGAACAACGACAACCCGGAGUUUGGGGUCGGCAAGAACAUCCACACUCUGAAGUUCACCUUCCCGUGCAAUAUGACCAACAGGGACGAUACCGAGAGGAUCCGACUUUUCGGAACCGGGGGCAAGCUGUUAGCGGCACUAAAGCGUCUGAUGUCCAAUUUGAAGAAACUGAAGCGACUGGAAUUGAUUGAUUUGAUGUUGGACCCCAAGGAAGCGCAGUUUUUGCUAGACGAAGUUUGUGAGAGCUGCUGCAUGACGCUGAACACCUUGUCAGUGAUUAACACGACGAGGGUGCAGUAUGAGCUGUUUCACGUCGGGGUUUUUCUCAAUUUGCAGGUUUUGUACAUCAGUCCGCAAAACUUGGGCGACGACAUAAUCGAGCUUCUCAGCCACACGAAAAUAAGACACAUUCAUAUUUUACAAAACAGGUACACCCCCAACGACAUCAACAUGAAACCAGUGGACUUCAAGACGUGGAAACUGGCCCGAAAAAAUAAUCCCGAAUUGAGAGUCCACUUACAGAUCGAAAGUCUCAAAGAAAAACCGCUGAUUUGGCAACAGGGGGCUCCUGUCAGUACAGUCCUGUACGAUUCGCCCCACAUUAUGCUGAGAGAGGAUGCCUUAAUGACUGCGAUUGAGUUCUACAAAGACACGCUCCGAGUCUUUGGCCACAAAAAUAUUCCGCGGUUCCACCGAAACAAGUCGUUUUACGAGCGCGUUGACAGUAGUUUGAUGCUGCUCGUGCGGCAAUGUCUCCACUUGAAUACUUUAAUUGUUACUGAACGAAUUUCGACCGCAACGGCUCUGCUGCUGGCCUACACCGGUAAAAAUUUGAAGUGUCUGUUUAUUAGAGGAAACGCUGUGAUAAUACGUUGUGAUUGGCCGCAAAAUCCCGACUGGAGCGACGAGUUCUACACCUGGCUUAAAAUCAACAGCCGCUCGUACGAGUUAGUAGAGCAGGAAAUCAGCCAAAUUAUGGGACGGAGAUGGCAAUUUUUGAGUGACAAACAAUUUAAGAAGCUCCACUGCAAUUUGCACGAGUUCUGAAUUUUUUUUUGUAUCGCUUGUUACUUAUUUUGCAUUUUGGUUUAUUUUUUGGUAAGUUUACAGAAUGUUACGUAAAUAAUAAACAUUGAUUUGUUUACAUAACACCCUGGGUUUUUAAGAUUUAUUUAGCCCAAUUUUUUUCGGUGCCUGUAAGCAAAAUUUCUGUGAACGGAUUCCUAAAUACUAGGAUGUGACACAACGGAAAAAUAACGCGUCUCAGUUGUUCCGAGCUCUUGAAGUAAAAUAAUGGCUGUACUUAAAUAACAGUGAACACAAGACAAAUAAAAUUACAGGCAGAUACAAAGUAUUAGAAAUUAAUUUAAUAAAAAUUUCCAAGAGUUAUCAAUUCUAGCACUUCAAAAUAUUGUCAAAAUAUUGAAACAAAGUGUCCAAAAAAAUGCUUAAAUGCUCAGAAAAAGCAAAGCACAAUUUUCUACCCAAUUCUUCAAUUUUUGGACUUGCUUUUGGCAAACUUUAUCAAAAUAGUACUUCAGGAGGCAAAAGGUCGACUCAUUUUGUAUCUCGUUUCGCCUCCUAGCAUUUACUUCUCCGUAGACCUGUGAUUUUAAAAUUAAGUUGGCAACACUGAAUUAUUAGAGACAGUAGAUUGUUUCAGAUCAGUGUUGCCAACUCAAUUGUUGAUUGGUGAAGUAGGCGCCGCAUUUCGUCGUUAAAGGUACCUUAUCGUGUGAUAUUAUGUAAAUUUGUAAAACUUAACGAGGAUAAGUGUCAAUUUACAUUUCUAUACUUGAAUAAAAUACCCAAUUUUU